CAAUCGGCGAUUGAGAACGCACAGAAGGAUCAGGCAGCAGUUGUGCAAAAUAUUUUGGACAACAAAGAAUCCCACUUGAAAAAGAUCAGAUAUCUGUUCACGCAGCUCGGGGCAGACAAUACCGGUGCAAUCACCUACGAGAUGCUGAAUCAACACAUUCGAACGCCAGCUGUGCGCAUCUAUUUUGAGAGUUUGGGUUUGGAUGUGACAGAUGCAUGGUCCUUCUUCAAACUACUGGACUCUGAUGGAGGUGGUGCCGUCGAAGUCGAGGAAUUUUUGCUCGGCUGUCUCCGCUUGCGUGGACACGCUCGAGCAAUGGACAUCGCAAAGCUGACGUACGACCAAACUUGGCUCAUCAAGAGCCAGGGGAAGUUUCAGCAAUUUGUGGAGGAAGAGCUGCAAGGCUUGAACAACAAGGUUACGGCUUUGACCCAAAUCUUUGGGGAGAAGGACUGAUGCAAUGCGAGGAUUGUCCCAAUCUUCAAACCCGUGAAAUGGAGCCCACUGUUUUCGUGUCAAGAGUGGUUAUUGCCACCAGCCAAGGUUUCAGGUUUCAAUUCCGCAGCCUUUCUGG